CUUCAGCAAUAGGGUUUCAUUCAUAAAUACUUAGUCCCAAAGAUUUAAAUGAAAGGGUUCCGUGAGAAUUUUCGGGUUAUUGCCAUAGAACAAACCGUUUUGAUGUAUGGACCAAAUGAUUUGUUUAGGCAUGGCUCCAGCCUGUGCCGCUGACCUCCGGCCGCCGGGCCCACCCCAGGGGAGCCCUGUAGCUUAGGGCCCAGCCCGCCCGGCCGGGGCCCAGAGAGAGAGGGGAGGAGAAGGAGACCACGAAGAAGAAGAGGAAGACGAAAACGAAGAGGAAGAAGAGGAGGAAGGCGUGUCGGGGCGAGGGGGCUGAAGCCAGCCAGGCUGAGGACGAUGCUGCUGCCCUGGCUUCUGAUGCUGCUACUGCAAGAGAGCUGAGGAGCCGAGACACAGCGAAGAAGAUCCCACACACACAAACAGGCGUACAGAGCUCCUUCACACGGCCCUCCGCCAGGGGGGACCCUUUUGCUGGCCUGGACCAUGAGCAAUGAGUCUGCCGUCUGGAACAUCCUACCAGAAAACUCCACAGGGAUCCCUCUAGGGGCGACAGGGAGGCAGGAUGGCUACGUUCUGCUCCUGGUGAUCCUGUCCAUCUUUCUGGUCGGGACCUUGGUCAUCAUCGCCGUCCUCCUGCUCGUCUGCCGCCGCUCAGGCCGACGGGGGCAGCGAUACGGCAGGGCCAGCGAUGACCCAGAGAAAACCAACACCACCUACCUGGAGGACUCUCAGCCCACGCACGAGAUCACCAUCAGGGUGGAUGAGUCGGAGAGCCUCUCCCCGGGGGGCGGCCAUGACCAGGAGGCAGACCGCUUCCUGUCCACGGGGACCGCCGGACGCCGCGUCUCCUUCAACGAGGCGGCGCUGUUCGACCACAGCAAGAAGGCCCAGGAGAAAGGUCGCAGGUACACCCUCACCGAGGGGGACUUCCACCACCUGAAGAACGCCCGGCUCACCCACCUCCACAUCCCCGCCCCCGCCCUCAAGAUCCUCACCAUCCCCGAGUGCGACUCGGCCGAGAACACCAUCACCAUGGCAACGCGGCCCGCCACCAAGUCCGCCCUCUCCAUCUUCCAGCCCAUGCUGUGCCCCCUGUCCCAGGCUGCUGUGGGCAGCCUGAGCCCCAGCUCCCGGCUGCCUGGGGACCCCUUCCACCCCGCGGCGGACCCCAGCUUCACCCGGACCCCCCCAGCCCCCAGCACCAAGCAGCGCAGCACCAGCUCUAUCGAGAUCCUGGGGGCCAUGAGCCCCACCGGCGUGGGUCUGGCCGAGGCGGGCUCCGGGGGCCUGCCCGGUGACGGGGGCGCCCAGGGGCCCGUGCUCCAGUUCUUCACCAAGCUGCGGCGUCACGCCAGCCUGGAGGGGGCCAGCCCGUACUUCAAGAUCAAGAAGUGGAAGCUGGACAGCAGUCAGCGCGCCUCCAGCCUGGACACCAGGGGCUCCCCCAAGAGACGGCAGUUCCAGCGGCAGCGAGCGGCCAGCGAGAGCCUGGACCAGGAGGACAACGCCGCGCACCACGACGACCUCGUUCAGUACAUCGCCCGCACGCAGGACGCACGCCGUCCCUCCCCCGCGACCACCCCGCCUCCACCAUCACCCUCCCUCGGCAGGUUAGAGGUGGAGGUCAUGGUGGAGCCGCGUCGCAGCCCCGGUGGUCCAGGGGUGAUCGGCCUCUCCCCGGACCCCCAGGACGAGGCGCCGAGCCUGGCCGCCGGGGACAGCGGCGACCCCCCGGACCCCCCGGAGCCCCCGGACUCCCAGGCCGUGUACCGAGACAUCUGGAACCUGCGCGCCUCCCUGGAGCAGUACGCCGCCUCGGACCAGAGCAGCAGCAACAACGACCGCAGCUCCGUCUGCAGCGACGCCGACAGCGUGUGCUCCCUGGGGGGUCGCCCUGAGACGGCCCGGGGGGGGCUCCCCAGCUACCCGUCCCAGGAUCUGGGGGACGAGGCGGAGGAAGGGCAGGAGGCGAAGCCUUCGACCGGGUCGAGGGCGGAGGCAGCGGAGCCGGAGGUGAAGAGGAAGAAGAAGAGGCAGGGGGGCAGCGUGGACUCGGAGCGGGGGGGCACCGGCGACGGGGUGGCGGGGAACCGGAAGCUGCUGCAGAUGGACAGCGGCUACGCCUCCAUCGAGGCGCCGUGCCGCGGCACGGAGGAGCUCCGCCUCUUCGGGGCGGGCGCCGACGGCGGCAGCGCCCAGGACCGGAGCGCCCUGGAGCGGCGGCACCACUUCACCAGCGCCGGCCGCAGCAGCACCGUCGGCGAGAGCUUCGAGUCGUCGCACCUCUUCGAGGAGGAGCCGGAGGCGGAGCUGUCGGCGGCGGCGGGCGGGGCCACCGGCGGAGUCGCCAUAGCGACGGGCGCGGGCCCCCUGGGCUGGGCGCCGUACGGUCAGAUGUUCGCGGCCCGCGAGACGGCCCAGCCUGCGCCGGCACCGCCGCCGCCGCCAACGCCGGCCCAACCACCGCCCCUGACCCUGCACCGCCGCGACUACAGCAUCGACGAGCGGACCGACGCCCUCUUCCACGAGUUCCUCCGCCACGACCCCCAGUUCGACCAGCAGGACUCCCCCGCCAAGAAGCACCGCUCCCGCGUCCACCUGCGCAAGCAGUGGCAGCGCCACAAGCAGUGGAGCGACCCCGGCGUGCGCCACUUCCACUCGUCCUUCGAGCGGCAGCGCACGCCGCUGCGCCGCGGCGACAGCGUCAGCUACCUGUCGGACGCCAGCUACCAGCUCACCCUCCCCCGCAUCGUGAGCGCGCCUGACGACGAGGCCAGCGACGGCAGCGCCAGCGCCCCCGGGACGCCCAAGCUGUCGGCCGCCGCGGCGGAGGCGGCGGCGGCGGCGGCCGUGAAGACCCAGGAGGAGGGGGGGGCCCUGGGGGAAGGGGGCGGCGACGGAGGCCAGGAGACCCAGCCUCCUCCUCCUCCUCCUCCUCCUCCUCCUCCUCUGCUUCGCUCCGUCUCGGAGACAGAGGGGCGGCCGGAGGAGGGCCCCGGCGGCCUUCAGGAGGACCGGGGCCGCUCGAUCUCCCCGCCCUCGCUGCCGGACCCCCGGCGCUACGGCCCGCAGACCUUCACGGCCGAGCUGACGGACAAACUGGCGGCCGGCCUCGACGAGAGGCUGUACGCGGGCCUCCGGCAGACCAGGGACUCGGCGGCGGCGGCGGCGCUGGAGUGCACGGCGGUAUCGGUGGCACACGCUUCCCCGGACCACAGCCCAGUGUAGCAGAGGCCCCCCCGGGGCCCCGCUCCUCCCUCUAGACCCCCCCUGCGGUACCUGGGCUACGGUCUCUCCCCUCUCAUCGCUGUCUUGUGUCAGGGCCACAUAACGUCCACGGUGGGUUACGUAGACAGUUUAGAUGACGUCAGACUUGGGUAGCUGUUUCUGUGGUGCUCGAGCGUAUAGAAACACAGAGGGUUGGUGGUGGGGGGGGGGGGGGGGGGGACAGUGAUUCGUUAUGUGGAUAGGGAUAAGCGGCAGCAUAACCAAAAACGAUACGGUCUCUCGAUUGUUUUGCUUUUAACUUCGGAAAGCCAGCUUCUGUGAACAUGGCUUGUAUCAUCACAGUAAAAAAGGGGAAAUCAAUGUUUUAGUUUCCAAUUCACGAAUCCGCUAAAGAUAAUGAUUAGAAUAUACAAUUAUUUGCCCCCGGUAUUUCUCUCUCUGUGUGUAUUGAGGAUAGUUUAUGUGCCAUCAACUAUCAUGUACUGCUGUUCUGCACUAAUUGAUCCACUGUGAAACCAGGUGCUAAAGAAACAAUUAAAUCUGGACACAAUCUGCCAGUUCAAUACCAAUACUCCGAGAACUGUUUUAUAACUCAUUGUUUUCAUGGCCUGAUAUAUUUUCCACCCAUGUGGAUCCAUUGAAAGGGUAUGUGAUAUGAUACUGGAGGGAGGGGUAAGAGAGAGAUUAUAAGCUUCCUGGAAAUUGUAAAAAAAAAAAAAGACUGAGUGAGACUGAGAAUCAAAUUCAUGUGUAAUUUCCAAACCAGAGAUGUAGGAUUGUUUACGUGCUGUCAUUCAGACUGAAUGGAUGUCCGGAUGGAAGGACAUGGAGCUCCGAAACAUAAAAUGUUUCUGUUUUUCUCAUAGAAACCAUAGAAGCUGUUCUAUAUAAAGUAAAAAGGUAUUUUUUAUUUCUUUUUGUGCCAUGGUUUUCAAAACUUACCCCGAAAUGAUGUCGGGUUUGUUUUGGUUUACGGAAGAGUUACUCCUUUUCCGAAUCAAUGACGGAAGUAUUUUUGUGUACAUUUUGUCGAGGGGUGGGGAGGAAGGUUAGAAAAAAACAGUUAAAUGCAUUUCAUGCUUAUGAUGUGUUUGUGGUUUGGCCGCUGUAAGAAACUAGAGAUGCUGGUAUAAAUGCAUUCGAAGACACUCGAUAGCUGCCUGGAGUUGCACACAUCUGAAAAUAUAGCUUGACUCCAUAAGCUAUGACUCUUCCCACCACUUAGACCUGAGAAUAGGCUGAUGACACGCCUGCUGUUUGAAACGCUGAUAGAUGUUUUCUUUUUCAUGGAAACAGAAUGCUUUCUUUUGCAUGGGGCUUGCGAGGCGAGCUUUACUUGACAGCAGCUUGUGCGCCCAAUCGUCAUCAGACCUAUGUGUUUAACAGAAGGUCAAAGGUGACAUUUAUUUCCCCUUCCCAGACAUAAUGCGCCAUGGGCCACACAAGGCAAGGAGGCCUUGUGUUUAUAGCAUUAAAACCCAUAACAUUGAAAACCAGGUUUGCCUUUAGCUCGAGCUAGGCUAGUCAAGGCUUAUGGUCUUCAGUCCAGAUCUCCAGGGGAAUAAGGGAACGGGCUCUACGUGACCCAGAUUCACCCACUCUGAGGUUGUGCCACCCUCCCCCUUGCCUCCAUCCCCGGGAAGAUGGAGUUGAAUGUCAAUCACAACAGGACAGAGUGACUGAGACAGAGACAGAGAGAGAGAGAGAGAAAGAGAGAGAGAGUGACUGAGACAGAGAGAGGGAGAGAGAGAGAGAGAGAGAGAGAGAGACAGAGAGAGAGCAGAAGAGGGCAUGGCCUGUGUUGUCGAUCGCUCCCUGUGGGCCGUGUUCACCUAGCGCUCAUCCGCAUUUCAUUCACCCUGGGUACGUUGAAGGGCUGCUACAAGCCUCAACAGGCUGUUAUAGCCAGUAUAGCAGCCUGUUAGAGCCAGUAUAACGGGCGUUUUACUGGGUAGCGGGGUUGCAUUGAGAGGGAUACGCGCGGUGCAGUAUUAAUGUAGGCGCCACAACGUUUUAAUACUUUCAUACUACAGGAGGAGACUAGUUUGUCGCCCCUUUUCCAGUCCAAUUACAGCAGUUCUCCUCCGUGCACUGAUGGACAUUGUCUCAGUUGUACGUGCGCUUGUGUGUGGGACUCCAAAUGCAGGAGCCAUGCGCCUCAUUAAGAGAACAAUGAGUGAGAUGAAAGGGAAAUUGAGAGAUGAGAGCUUCAAUGGGCUUUAAAAGGGACCAGGAUGCUGAUAGUGAGAAGAACACACAUUCACACAUACAGACAGACACACACAAACACACACACACACAGACCCAACACUUAUGUCACCAUGGAGAAAAUAAAUCUGCCUCGCUGUGCUUCCUUGUAUUUGCUCUCUCUCUCUCUCUCUCUCUCUCUCUCUCUCUCUCUCUCUCUCUCUCUCUCUCUCUCUCUCGCUCUCUCUCUCUCUCUCUCCCUUCCACUAAAACGUAAUACGUUUUACUAUAACCCUUUUCUACUAUAAAGAAAUGGACCGAGGAGCCAUUUGUCAGUGUGUACCAGACAGAAAUACAUCCAGCAUCUCACAUCCCACAUCAACAACGGUCGAGAUGAUAGAGUUAAUCACUCAAACUCAGCCUUUCCUCCCAUUUUAAAUCACAGAUGGCUCAAACAAGUGGAGGGAGAGCAAAGAGAAUCACCAAAAGUUGCGCAACGGUGCAAAUGUACAGAGAGCGAUACGACGGUGUGUCAGUCAAGCACAAUGUUGCAGCAGCCAGACGUAGUCUACUGUCCUCCACUACACUAAGACAGAUACUGUAGGCGGACUGGGGACACUGUGGUAACCAAUGUGUGUGUGUGUGUGUGUGUGUGUACUAACCAGUAGCCUGUUGAAUGCACUGAUGCAUACAUGUGCAUAGGUUUGCAUGAAAGUUAACAUUUUAGUACAUUUUUCAGAUAUUACUGUACUGACUCAUAAAUACCAUAGGCAACGUACAUUUGUCCAAAGAGGUAGAUAUUUUAGCUAUAUGGUAUGGCCAGAUUUUAUGUUUUAUGAAAGCUACUGUUGCUAAGAUGCUGUAAAUGAUAGGAUUUGUGAUAAUUCCAUGACAGUAAAACAGAUACAUAUAUAUUUAUGUAUUUCUUGCUUGUUAGUUAAUUAAUGAACUUACUUUAUUCCCUCUCCCUCUACAAGCUUUUCAAACAGCAUUGCCUUUGCCGAUCCUGGUUUUUGGGACCAAAUCGUACUGAGCAUUAUUUUUGUUUGAUUUUCCAACUAGUAAAUAAAUGAAUGAAACAGCAAUUAA